GUUUUGUGUACUCGCCUUAGCAUCAUCGAAGCUGUAAUAAGCGAACGUUCCCCCCUCCCCCCAAAAAAUAACUAGCCCUUAUUCUUUGAAACCCUAGUUUCUUUGUCCUCUCCUUCUGCCUCUCGGUUUCUCAAUCCUGUAAUCAGGGCCUCAAUUGGAGCUCUAUAGUAGCUCAAACAAGUUGAAUAUCUACUUCUGCAAUCUUUGUUUCAGGUAUAUUUUUUGUGGCAGAGAAUAUGGAUGUCGAUAUUGAUCAUUAUAAUGUUUUAGGGCUACCUUCCGGGGAGGAGGGGGCUAAGCUUACAGAAAAGGAAAUAUCAAAAGCAUACAAGCUGAAGGCUUUAGAGUUGCACCCAGAUAAGAGACCAGAUGACCCAAAUGCCCAUGCCAAUUUUCAAAAGCUCAAGUCGUCAUAUGAGAUUCUCAAGGAUGAGAAAGCGCGCAAAUUAUUUGAUGAUCUCCUCCGAGUUAAGCGGGAGAGGUAUGUUCGCGCAUCUCAAAAGGAUGCAAAGAGGCAAAAGAUGGUUUCUGAUCUUGAAGAAAGAGAGCGGGCUGCCUUUGCACCAGACCCUGCUGCCAGGGCUCGGGAGGAAGAGGAUAGGAUCACUAGGAAGCUUAAAGAAGAGAUAGCAAGAAUACGUGCAAUGCAUGCAAAUAAAAGAGCACCUGCAGCAUCGGCUUUAAAGAAAGAGACAGCAGGAGUGACGAAGGAGGGUGCGAGUAAUGUAGAUAGGGAGAAGAUGCUUAAGGUUUCUUGGGACAAAGGUGGUGAGGAUUAUACUUCAGAAAGGUUGAAAGAGUUGUUUUCAAGGUUUGGUGAGGUUGAAGAUGUGGUAAUCAGCAGUUCUAAGAAAAAGCGCUCUGCACUUGUUCAAAUGGCAACUAUAGAAGCAGCUAUUGCUGCUAUGGGAACUGUCUCUGGCAAUCUAUCUAAUCCUCUUCUAAUUGUACCUGUUAAACCAGCUACUGCAACAGAGCUUUCAAGUGUGCAGCAGUCCGCUGAAUCUGCUCGCCUAAAUAAUUUGGUUGGCACUGGUUAUAAAGCAUAUGAAGAUUCCGUCUUAGAGAAACUCCAAAAGGCUGCAGCAGCAAAAAACCAAAAAUGACAUGCAACGGUAUUUUGAUGUUCAAUGGUGCAUUAAUGCCUGGAUCUUCCCCAGGCAAAAUGUAAAGGUAAUUAAGGAAUGAUGUGCUCCCUUAUGAUCCAACUUUCUCACUUUUUGCAUGAGGUUUUGUGCUUUCAAGCUUUGAUUACUGAAGUAGCCCUGCAAGUAUUAGACCAUUUGAGACAUCCUAUAACCAAGGGGAAUUGUGUGUCCAUUUCAAGCGUGCCAUGUGACGAACAAGGAACAGUUUUUCCAUGUGUUUGAAGCAUGAUUGCGGGGGGGAUUUUUAGAGUGUUUAUUAGGUUGUUUCCUGCAAAAUUUCUCUUAUAAUAAAAAAGGACCGAAGUAGAAACCAUUAAUUGCAAUGUUGACUGAUUUAGGUCUUGCUGUUGGAUUUGCAGGACAGAUUAUUCUAUAGCCUUCCAGAUGACUGCUUCACGGGAGUUUGCCGACUCUUUUCAAUAUCUAAAAUUAUUACAAUUCUCCAUUUUUAUUGGUAUAAUUUGGUGAGUCAUUACCAUUGGGGGAGUUGGUAGUACUGAGAGCAGGCUUUGGGUUGUAGACUGUACAUUAUGGGUAUCUAUUUUGGGAGAGUAACCCUCGCCUAUCACAUUUCAAAUGCUCAUGUAUCUUAGAUAGCUUUUUUUUGGUGAAAUAAAAUAAAAUAAAAUAGCUUUUUUGGGUCCUUUAA